AUGUCACAAAAUGAUUCUCAAGAUAUUAUUUGUUCUAAUGAGGUAUUAGAAGAAUACAAUACAAUAAAUAGUAUUUAUCCUAAUUCUGUUAUUUAUGUUAAACCAAAUGAAUUUAGAAUGAACAUUAAUGUUUCAUUAGAAAAUGAAAUUCCAUUUAAAAUUAUUCCAAUUAGAAAUGUUCCAAGAAUGUAUAUGAAUAAAAAUGAAGUUAAAAUUAAAUAUUUGACACCAAUUACUAUACUUAUUAGUUAUAAUGAAGAAAAACCAUCUUUUCAAAUGAGUAGUCUUUGGUUAUCAAUUAAAGAUAUGAUAGAACUUAAAACAAGAAUUGAAGAUGAGUUUCAACAAUUUGACUUUUCAGGAUUGUUUAUGUUAUUGUAUGAAGUCCUUUCAAACUUAUCACCAGAACAACUUGAUAUAUUAAGUUUUAGUGAGGUCCCAAUCUCACGAGAAGAAAGAGAAAAAAAUAUUAUUCAAUAUAAUUAUGAUGAAACUAGAAAAGUAUUUUAUUCAACUCCACUUAUCACUUGUGAUGUUUGUUAUGAAGAAUAUCCUCCUUCAAAUUUUACUAUAUUGUCUUCUUGUGGGCAUUAUCUUUGUAAUGAAUGUUUAAAAGAGUCUGUGGCAACUUCAUUGACAAAUGGUACUUAUGUGGAAUGUCCAUAUGCUGAUUGUAAAGCAGAGGUAUUACCUUGGGAAAUGAAAAAAAGUUGUCCAAAAGAUUUAAUUGAUAAAUAUGAAAAUCAGCUUGUUCUAAUUUAUGUAAAGAGUGGAGGAGAUGAUUUUAUUGUUUGUCCAUUUUGUUCCUAUUCAGGAAUUAUGGUAGAUCCCAUUGUUUAUAAAAAGUCUACACCAAUACAGUGUCCUCGAUGUGAAAAAACUUUUUGUAGUAAAUGUUUAUCAAAUAAUCAUAUUGGACAAUGUUAUGAUGCAUCAAAUUGUCUAGAAAAAUAUAAAUCACAACAAUACUAUAAUGAAAUAGUAGGUGAGUUAAUGACAAAAAAUAUCAAGAAAUGUCCAGUUUGUAAAUGUCCCGUUAUUAAGUCUUAUGGAUGUAAUAAAAUAACAUGUAUUUGUGGUACAUAUUUUUGUUAUAAUUGUGGUGAAAAAAUUGAUGGAUAUGAACAUUUUCAUAACAGUAAAUGUCCAUUGUAUACUGAAAAAUCAUUAUUAGAAGAUAAACUUCAUGACGUUGAUACAACAAAAUUGGAUAAAAUAAUGGCAAAUCCAAAUAAGUUUCCAUUUUAUUGUGUACCUUGUGAAUAUUUAUUUGCAGUUAAUAUGGACCAACUUGUCAUUGUUUGUCCAAAAUGUGGUAAACGUAAAUGUAGGCAUUGUGAUGAGUAUGGUAUUAGUGUUGGACAUAUUAAGACAGUACUUGAUUCAGCGAAAUAUUCAGAUUUUAAAGCACCUCAAGGUUAUGAAAAAUGGGAGUGA